AUGAAAGGUCGCUCGCUCUUCCCUUCUGAAGUGGCCCAAGGUCAGGAUGGCCCCACAGCCAAAGCUCAAUCAGACUCAACCACUCCUUUGUCGAUCAAUCUCACCAAGGAUAAUCCCAAUCACACGAGCACCAAGAGCCAACGCAAGCAACCCCCUCCUUCCCAAACCACCAAGGAUGGCGCAGUGCAAGGACGGCCACUCGUUGCCUACACCAAGAAACUCAAGGUGGCAAAGUUUCACAGCCUCUACAAGAAGGCUUGGAGGCAGGAGGUUUUUGGGAAUCAAGCAUCCCUCACCUGGUCCUCUUGCACCGCGGAUCACUCUGGUUGGGCAAUAUCCAAAUGCCCCGGAUGGCGGGCGGAAGCCAGUACAGACCAAGCCAAUGCUCAUUCUUACGACAAAAUCGCUGCGUUAAUCCUGUCUGGCUUGAAGGCGUACGACCCAUCGCUUGGCGGUUCGAUGCCUCAGCUUUGGUCCAGCAUGCAGAAUCUGUUUUCCCUUGGAGACCUCGAAGAUGCCGAUGAUGACGACGGUUCCUGGGCUCUUUGCGAGUACUUCCUUUGUCUCGCGACACAGUGCCCCACGGUUGUGUUUGAUCUGGCAACGGCCCAACGCCCUGCUAUCAUUCCUCCCAUUGUUGAGGAAUUCGAGCAACUAGAACGAGAGUCAAAAAUAGCCAAAGCUCAGUCCAAGUCAAAGAAACGCCUGGCAUCUACGCCAGUGAACCCAAAAGGUGCCAAAGCCCACAAUUCGCGCCCGUCUCCCUCUGUCCCAAUGCAAACCGAACUGAUGCCACCAAAGGGUCGGUCCAAACCCUACCAACGAACUCCACCUUCGGAUGCCACCCCUCUGCGCCAACAAGUGAUCAUGUCCCACGCCGUUCACGUCAUCGCCGGCACCCCCACAGGAACACAGGAAGCCAGUGUUCCAGCUGAAGACGUCGUGGAAGCCACCACUCCGUGUGGGAGUACCAGUGAGGAAAAUGGCAUAGAGGACCACAAUGGUGCCCUGACCUACAGGGACACUGUUGCCUCUCCCCCCGCUCCCACGGUUCCUCUCACCACUGAUGAACGAUUGGCUCGCCUUCUUGCUGGCGUCGGUGCGUCCGAGUUCAAUCAAGUCCAGACCGCCUACAAUGCCUUCCAUCAGUUUGCUUCCGGUAUUUGGGGCGAGAUCACUUCCACGGAGUUUGACGAAAAGGCCAAGGACUGGGCCCACCUGAAGAUCUACCUUGAUCCCAACUUCGGCAAUCCUUACAUCCUCAACAAACCUGGGAAGACUGGGUCGAAGACCUACAAAACUCGAAUGUGGUUUGGGAUGGACACUGCCCCUCCCAUCCUCAUGCAAGAACUUCGCUCCGUCUUGUCCAGUGAGCCUCGGGUGGGCGUCUUCCCGACUCCUAUCCAGGUUUCCGACAUGGUACGUCUUGGCUUCCUCCCAUUGCUACCACAAGAAUUGGCCAUUGGUCCGUACUGCAAAGACUUGAUGCGUCUCUGCGACUUCCAGUACCCCAUUGGCCUCAUGCAAGACUGGGUCAACAAUCCACGGUUUUUCUCUGCCAAAUUUACUGGGUCUUCUCGAGGACUCCUGUGCUGGCAUGUCUUCGUUCCUAAAGCCUUCGCUCGCAAGGCCGACCUGAUCUUGGCUGCAAACUUGGACACCCGUAAGCCCAGGGAUACCCCGCAGUUUGUCCUAGAUCCGGGUUUCUAUUAUUUCUUUUUAGUCCGUGUGGUCAUUUUCACCCUUUUCUGCAUUAGUCUCUCAUGA